AUCGAUAAGGUUAAAGGUUACCACGCAUGCUCAGUACGGGCAGUCAACAUGGCGGAAGGGGGAGGCGACACGUGGUUCGGCGGCUGGGUUAAAGCAGCCAAAGACAAGUCAGGUGAAGUGUUUGACUUCAUGAAGAGAGACCUGACGGAGUUCUCCACAGUUGUUCAGAAGGACACAGCAACAGCUGUAGCUUCUACAGCAACCACUGUCAAGUCCAAACUGCAUGAACACCAGAUUUCUCAGCCAUCAGAACUGGCAGAGCAGUCAGCAACAGGAGGUACUCUAAAGGAAGGCCUCUCCAACUUUCUUGGCGCCAUCUCUCGGAGUCUGGCUGUGGAUGAUGAUGAUGUGGAAGAGAUUCGUAUCGGUCCGGCCUCGCCAACUGCUGUGUAUGGCAGGGCACAGGUGCCAUCAGCUGUUUCCCACUCCGAGUUCUGGCAGAGGUAUUUCUACAAGCUCCACCAGCUGCAGCAGGACGAGGCCCGUCGAGCAGCUCUGAUGGAGCGUGCUGACAACACCAGCCCCAGCGAUGACCUCGGCUGGGAGGACGAUGAAGAUGAGUGGGGUUGGGAGACUCCUGAUGCCUCCACUCUGCCAGCUAUCAGUGAAGGGGCCAUAGCAACACAACCAGGUCCAAAGGAAGAACCAAAAGAGGAAUCAGCCCCAAGGGAAGCAGAGCUUGUCCUACCAGAGGAAGAGCGAAGCCCCAGUGCUGUGUCAUCCGAGGAGUCAUCUGAACUUGUCAUGUUGGAGAAACCUUCCUCAGAAGCCUCCGUGUCAUCCGAUGAAACCCUGGCCACAGCAGCACCCAAGAGGAGUAGUCCCACGUCAUCAGAUUCCUCCGAUGUCGUGCUUGUCGACAGACCAAGCAUCGAAGACACAAGAGAAACAGCAAGUACAAAGACUGGAGUGCAAGUACAAGAAACCUCCCCGGCUGAUGAGAAAUCUGAAAAGCCUUCAGUGGUUCCUGUUCCCCCGGUUACCCAAGAAAGUGUAGAAAAGGGAGAAGAUGUUGAAGAUAAGAUUGCUGAAAGAACUGAGCCAAAACCACAGCAAUCCUUGGACACAGAGGGAUCUGUGCCUGAGCAGGUCGUUGAAGAAAAGACAGAAGAAACAAUCGUAGAUAGUCUGGCUAAACAAGUGGAAGCCCAAGUCAGGAUACCUUCAGACAAGAUAGAGGAAAAGGCUCCAGAAAGUGAACCACAAGUGCCUGCAGCUGCGAGUAAGAAGGAAGAUGUGAAAGAAGUGGGUGAACCAUUACUACUGGCAGGAGCAAAAGAAGGAGAGAUAGAUCGGGCAUCACCAGCUUCUGCUGGGGGCAGCAGUGGGGCCAAAGACUCUUCAGAGAGCCUGAGCGAUGAUUGGGAAAAAGACUUUGACCUGGACCUAACAGAGGAAGAAAUGAGGAUUGCUCAAGCUGCUCUGGAAAAAGAUGGGAAGGACACUGGAGACUUGGAUGAUGAUUGGGAGAGCUGGGAAUGAUGGACCAAUCACAGCAGCUGCUGGCAUCAGUGGCUAACACUGGAACAUUUUGUGUUGUGCAAUACCCUGGGAGCCAGACAGGAUUGGGUAGCUAGCGAGUUUUGUUCGGGGACGCAAGGCAGUCAGCCCGCCGAUCUCACAUUAGCGCUCCGGGAAGUUUAAGCCCAAAGGAGUUAUCGCUACCCUUUUCAAGGACAGGUGGACCUCAUCGGGCUUAGACUCUCUUGUGUGCUAAUAGGAAAUCGGCGGGCCUGACUGUCUAGGGCCACCGAAUAAACUGUCCUAGCUGCCCGAUCCUGGCUGGCCCCCAGGGUAGUUGGGCAAAGGAGCAAUGGUUGUGGUCAGGGGUGGGCACCGGUACAGAAAUUCCAGGUACAGGUCCUGUUCAGGUCCAGAGGAUCAGGUCCAGGUCUGGACCCGACUGUCUGUGUGAAAACAUGUGAAAGGGUGAUACUCAAAACAGAUUCAUUUUGAUACAAAUGAAUCUGUUUAUUGAAGUAUCCAACUCCCACUGGCAUUUUAAAAUCCUAUCUUCAUGUAAACAAGACCAACUGCCUCUGUACGUUUGACUGUAAAAAGUUGAUGGAAAUAACUCCUUUUCUGAGACUCUUGUUUAUUUUCUUGGACCGCUUAGCCCUCAAAUGUGUGGACGCCUGCCGAUAUAUCAGGGUCAGUGACAGUUUGCUUAUUUUCUAAAUGGUGCAAAUCUGGUCCACUGAUUUUUUUAGGUUCAUUUUCUUGGGGUACCGGUCCAAAAAGAAAAAAACAGUUUUGUACCAGUACAAUGUACCGGCCCCCACCCCUAUAGCUAGUUGUGGUCAUUCAAUGCUGAGUUAAAGGAGCAUUCCACUCUAGAAGGGAGUCUUGUUUUCCAAUAGAUAAUGUGUCAAUGAAUACAUAAUCAGCCGAAUUUUGUGGAAUUCACCUUGGGAUGAAUUACGUGAUGUGUAUUUUAUAAAACAAUAAUGACACUCACUAAACCCAUGCAGAC